AUGGCCUCAAGAUUCCAGACAACACUCUCCGCAGCCAAGAGGCGUACGGUCGCUAAUGUCAAGGCAAAGUCGCAUCUUGAAGGCUGGGUUCUGGAACGACAAGCAACAUCUUUCGCCAACGAGGAAGGCACCUGGUCUAACAUUGACUCCGACGUCACGCCUCUGGAAAGGAGGACCUGGGGCUCAUGGUCACUCUUGGGUUUUUGGUGCAGUGACGCUUUGAACGCACAGGGCUGGGAAGGGCCGAGUGCCAUCAUCGCGGCCGGUCUUACCUGGAGGGAGGCUAUUUACCUGUCAAUGACAGGAGGACUGGUCGACGCAAUCCCGCUGAUGCUCAAUGGCGCUAUCGGUGCCCAUUAUCAUAUUCCCUACCCCAUCGUUGCCAGAGCGUCUUUCGGCUACUACCUCGCUCGCUUCGCGGUUGUUACGCGAAUGGCGACUGCACUAUUCUGGCAUGCGAUACAAUCCUGGACCGGCAGCACAGCCACUUUUCAGAUGAUCAGAGCGAUUUGGCCAAGCUUCCUCGAUAUACCCAACCGCUUGCCUGCAAGCGCUGGCAUCACAUCGAAUGAACUCAUCGCCCAUUUUGUCUUUUUCUGCAUCCAGUUUCCCAUCUUAUUGACACCACCUCACAAGCUGAAGUGGUUCUUUGCUUUCAAGACUUUGAUCGUACCGGUGGUCAGUGUUGCUACCGUGGUUGUGAUGGUACGUAAAGCAGGAGGUGUCGGCGAUAUCUGGAAUCAAGACUACACUUCUUCAGGAUCAGCCCGCUCAUGGAUAAUCCUCAACAAUUUUUCAUCACAAUGUGGAGGCUGGGCCACUAUGGCUACCAAUAUCCCAGAUUUUACUCGUUAUAUGCACAACAGCAGAGGAGUCUAUUGGCAGGCACUCUUUCUGCCUGUCAUCAACCUUUUGAUGUCAAUGUUUGGUGUCAUCAGUACUUCCUGUGCGAAGGUGGUUUAUGGCGAGUAUAUCUGGUCUCCACUCGAGCUUGCCGCGCAGUGGGAUGGUCCAGGUGGUCGAUGCGGAGCUUUCUUCGUCGGCUUCUGUUGGGUGGUCGCGCAGAUUGGUACAAACUUGUCUGCGAGUGUCAUUUCGUGCUCCAAUGACUUGAUCAGUCUCUUUCCCAAGUACAUCAACAUGCGUCGUGGUGUUAUCCUAACCACAUUCACCUCCUGCUGGGUUAUGGUGCCUUGGAAGAUUGUUUACUCGGCCAGCUCCCUCUUGACUUUCAUGUCUGGUUUGGCCAUUUUCCUUGCUCCGAUUGCCGCUUUGCUCUGCACGGAUUACUGGGUUGUGAAGAGCCGCAACUUCGACGUUCCAGCGCUUUACCGACGGAAGGAUCGUUAUUGGUACAACUACGGCAUCAAUUGGCGUGCCGCUGCGGCCUUCCUUGUCUCAGUGGUUCCCAACACGCCAGGUCUGGCAAAGUCUGUCAAUCCGAGAGUUGUCAUCAAUGAGCAUAUCCAGCACAUUUACGAUAUGAAUUAUCUGUACGGAUUCUGCAGCGCGGCAAUCGUGUAUUACGCUCUCAACUGGAUGUUUCCGGCGCAUGACACCUUGUUGGAAAGUCCCAUCUAUGAGGAUGUCAUCUUCCAAGACGGUGUUGAGAUUAUCAACGAUGGAGUGCAACUUAGCAGCGACAUGAAGUCUGGGAAACAUGCAGAGGUGACGUCGGUAUCAGAUCUCCCCUCGCCUUGA